CAUUUAAACUGUCCAUAUAGAAGUAUUACAUAUAUGUCGGCACCUUAAUAGUGGGACAUUCCUUCCCAUUUAAACUGUCCAUAUAGAAGUAUUACAUAUAUGGUUAUCCCUCCCAACAUUAGAUGGAAAUUCGCCUUAAACAGUGAACGUGAUCAUUACACUGUCAGAAUUUUUUUCAAGCCGGAAUCUUGAUUAUUCAAGUUCUCAAGGACAACCGAGGACACAAGUUUUGAAGAUAUUUCUUACAGUUCUUGAUAAUUAUCAAAAAAAUUAUUAACAAGAUACGAUAAAAUGGAUCUCAGAGAAAAACUUACUGAAGAAAAUUCUUGGAAACAAUUAGAAGAAUAUUUUUUUGGUACUGGUUCUAAAAUUAAAAUUUCUGAUUUAUUCCAACAAGACCCAGAAAGAUUUAACAAGUUUAGUCUAAUACUCCAAACUCCUGAUGAUGGACCUAUACUACUUGAUUAUUCCAAAAACCGAAUUGAUGACAAAGUUUUGAGUCUCUUAUUUACUUUGGCACGAGCACGUCAAGUUGAGAAAGCACGAGAUGCAAUGUUUGUCGGAGAAAAAAUAAAUUUUACAGAAAAUCGCGCGGUAUUACAUAUUGCUCUUCGCAAUCAGCAAAAUACUCCUAUUCUCGUAAAUGGAAAAGAUGUGAUGCCAGAUGUAAACGCUGUGUUACAACAUAUAAAAGAAUUCACCGACCAAGUUAUUACUGGAGAAUGGAAAGGUUUUACAGGUAAACCAAUUACAGAUGUUGUUAAUAUUGGCAUUGGUGGUUCCGAUUUGGGUCCUCUUAUGGUAACUGAGGCAUUGAAGCCUUACCACUGUGGACCGAGAGUUCAUUUUGUGAGUAACAUUGAUGGUACGCACAUAGCUGAGACUCUAAAAAAAUUAAAUCCUGAAACUGCUCUUUUUAUUAUUGCAUCCAAAACAUUUACAACUCAAGAGACGAUUACCAACGCUACUUCAGCAAAAUUAUGGCUCCUAGAACACUUGAAAAAUGAAGCAGCGGUAGCAUCUCAUUUUGUUGCAUUAUCAACGAACAAUCAAAAAGUCAAAGAGUUCGGAAUUGAUGAAAAGAACAUGUUCGGUUUUUGGGAUUGGGUUGGUGGCCGUUAUUCUUUGUGGUCAGCAAUUGGUUUAUCAAUUUCACUAGCUAUUGGAUUUGAUAAUUUCAAAAAAUUAUUGAACGGAGCAAAUUUUAUGGAUCAGCAUUUUCGUACUGCUCCAUUACAUCAAAAUGCACCUGUCAUUCUUGCUUUGUUGGGAAUUUGGUACCACAACUUUUUCAAAGCUGAAACUCAUUCACUCUUACCUUAUGAUCAGUAUCUUCAUAGAUUUGCUGCUUAUUUCCAACAAGGUGAUAUGGAAAGUAAUGGAAAAUAUGUUACUCGUUCGGGGACGACAGUAAAUUAUACUACUGGACCAAUUGUCUGGGGAGAACCUGGCACCAAUGGUCAACACGCAUUUUAUCAAUUAAUUCAUCAAGGUACUAGAUUAGUACCAGCAGAUUUCAUUGCUCCUGUGCUAUCUCAUAAUAAGGUUCAAGGUGAUUUACAUCACAAAAUAUUACUUGCUAAUUUUCUUGCACAAACUGAGGCUCUUAUGAAAGGAAAAAGUGUUGAUCAAGCACGAGAAGAACUUCUAAGCUCCGGAUUGAGUUCGGAACAAGUAAAUUUCAUACUACCACAUAAAAUUUUUGAAGGUAAUCGGCCAACAAAUAGUAUCCUGGUAAAAAGGAUUACUCCCUUUACUUUGGGUGCAUUAAUCGCAAUGUAUGAGCACAAAAUUUUUGUACAAGGAAUCAUUUGGGAUAUAAACUCUUUUGAUCAAUGGGGUGUUGAAUUGGGAAAACAACUUGCUAAAGCUAUAGAGCCAGAAUUAAAUAAUAAAGAUAAGAUAACCAGCCACGACGCAUCAACUAAUGGUCUAAUAGAUUUUAUCAAGUCCAACAGUUAAAUAAUACAAAUUUCUGAUUUUAUUAUGGAGUUAGAAUCAUAGUUUAGUGUUUAUUACUGAAUUUCUUUCUCAGCAAUAGUUACCAUAAAGUUAUACAAUAAAUGAUAAUUAAUAAGUUAUUAAUUCAUAUAUAUUUUAUGUCUAUAAAAAAAAAAAAAAAACAUUGAGUUUUCUGUAUCAUGUCUAUUAAAAGGCCUAAAAGAAUAUAAUGUAAACAGUGUUGUCAUGAAAUGUAAGAAGGGUUAUUGUGUAUACAUGCCUACAUAGAAAAGAAUUAUAAUUAUAUGUAUGUUUCCAUCAA